AUGUCACACUUAGUUGACUUUCAUGCCUUCUUGGAACAUUCUUUCCUACAUGACAGUUAUUGUGAUGCAGGAUCAGAAUACGAAAGGUUGGUUCAUCAAGAUGCAGAAGAUACAUUUUACGAGGCUGUUAUUGGUCGUGAGUGUGUGUGUGGUCAGCUGAAAGACACAGAUUUGUUCUGUGAGGACGUUGCAUACAAGCAGUCUGGGGUUUCCAAACUGAAGGAGCUAAAGAGUGAGUCCGCAAUUUUAGGUGCCAUUGAAAAGGUCAGAAAUAAUGUAUGUCAAAAACUUGGUUCACAGUUUUCUCUCGAACGACCUUCAAUUACAAGCAAAACUGUUAAGUGUGAGCUGGACAGAGUAGACACUAUUGUAGAUGCCACUCUCUCACUUGCUUCGCACAAUGUUCUAGUCGAUUGGGUUGGCUCAUUUGAGAAUGUCGUCGGUUCCACCUCUGACAAGCGGAUUUCCAAACAUGAUAGACGUCCGGAUAUGAACACCGACACUCAAAGGUUAUUAGAAAAACGAAUUCGUAAUUCAAAACCGCAAAAAUCUUACGCUAUCCUGGAGGAUACUUCUUGUGAGCUGCCACCGUUAGAUCAACUUGUACAUAAUCCUGCAUUUAAAUGGAAUUUUGAACUAGAUACGUUUCAAAAGCAAGCUAUUCUGUGUCUUGAACGUAAUCAAACAGUAUUUGUGGCAGCCCAUACUUCGGCUGGUAAAACUGUCGUUGCAGAAUAUGCGUGUGCUCUCUGCCGACGUCGAGGUUCAAGAGUCAUCUAUACAAGUCCUAUAAAAGCCUUGUCAAAUCAGAAGUUUUAUGAUUUCAGACAAACAUUUGGAGACAAUGUUGGACUAAUAACAGGUGACAUCAAAUUGGCACCCGAAUCCACACUGCUUAUUAUGACGACAGAAAUCUUGCAUAACAUGUUAUGUAACGAUGCUGAUGCUAUCAGAGAUCUGGAAAUAGUUAUUAUGGAUGAAGUUCAUUAUGUAAACGAUGCAGAGAGAGGCCAUGUGUGGGAACAGAUCAUGAUUAUGCUACCGAAACAUGUUCUGCUUGUUAUGUUAAGUGCAACAGUACCUAAUAAGGUUGACUUUGCAGAUUGGUUGGGACGAAUACGAGAUACUGAAAUUCAUGUCGUUGCAACUAAUAAGCGUCCAGUUCCACUGGAGCAUUUCAUUUUCACUGGUAUGGAUGGUCAACAUACAAAAGAUCAUCUUCAUCUUAUUGUAGAUCAAUCCGGUCAGUUCAAUAUACAAGGAUACAAACAGGCAAGUCGUAUGUUGUGUGGAGAGAAAGUUGUUGAGAAAAAACCUAGUCAACCACCAAUGAAUCCAAAUGCCAAAAAUGUUCCUAAGAAAAAUACAGGUGGAAAAGUGAGUACUCCAGGUCACUUUCGUCCUUUACCAUCGUCCAACGGAAUGAGUGUACAUGAUCAUCGAACUAAAAAUUUAUGGCUUGGUGUAGUUCACCUUCUUCAGGAACGUGAUCUAAUGCCUACUAUUGCAUUUGCUUUUUCUCGAUCAUCGCUAGAAAUACUGGCUAGCCAUCUAUCAUCAGUAGAUUUACUGAAUCAAAAUGAAAAACAACAGGUUAAAAACUUCCUAAACGCCUCAAUCACUAAACGUUUAAGAAGAUGUGAUCGAAAACUUGCUUCAGUUCAAUUUAUUAGCAAAUUAGCUGUAAGAGGAUUGGCUAUUCAUCAUGCUGGAAUGAUGCCAUUGUUGAAAGAAACAGUAGAACUGUUAUUUCAACGUGGUUUAGUGAGAAUAUUGUUUGCCACUGAAACAUUUGCAAUGGGUGUUAAUAUGCCUGCACGUUGUGUCAUUUUCACUACAUUGGAGAAAUUCGAUGGUCAAAAACGUCGCCCUCUGAAUUCAAGCGAGUAUACACAGAUGGCUGGUCGUGCAGGCCGUCGUGGUUUGGAUGCUUCAGGAUCUGUUAUUAUUCUGCUCGGUGGAAUUGGUAAAUCAGUUACUUCAAAUAGUUCAGGAUUGCCGUCUGAGCAUACUUUGAGCGAUAUAAUUCUUGGGAGGCAGACACAACUGGUUUCAAAGUUCAAAAUCACCUACUCCAUGAUUUUACACUUACAUCGAACAAAUUGGUUAACUCCACAGGAUGUUAUGCGACGUAGUUUUAUGGAAGUGGCCAGUCUUAGACGUGAGCUUGAACGUAGACAGUGGUUAUCAGCUUUGCACAUAAACUUGAUCAAACAACUACACUUAUUCCAUCUGCAGGAUCAUCUAAUGCGUUUAAUCAACAGAUACGCAGCUCAUCUAAUAAAACUUUAA